AUGAGGACGGCAUGCCUCACCCUCGUCGCCCUGUCGUGCUUAUACCCCUCUACGCUCUGCCUCGGCGUCGAAGAUUCCCUCUAUCACAUUGAACUCCAACAGCUCCUCCAAUCCGGCGAGCUCGACUUACAUUUCGACGAGUCCAGCGACUCUACCGCGUUUGGGACGUGGUCCUACGAACCCACGUGCACGCCGAAGUUGGACGCUCUCGACAGCCCACUCUGCGUCUACACGAACAAAACCUUCAGCCGAGGCCGAGGAAUCUCAAUCUUCACCACCCCUCAAAUCGCAGAGAGCUUCGCCGCAUUGCCCCCAUUUCGCGACGCGAAUGUUCUCGCUGAGCACGACAUUAACGGCUUCCGAGGCAAUUGGUACACACGAGAAGUCUCGGGCAAGGGAAUCGGUAUGUUUGCCAAACACGCCCUCGACCGCGGGGAUCUGAUCACGGCAUACACGCCGGUCGUGCUAGCUUAUGCGGAGAAUCUGCUCGCAAGUCAGGAACGGGAGAAGUUUCUACAGACAGCUAUCAACCAGCUGCCCGUGCCGACGGCGGAGUUGUUCGUGAAUCUCGCCUCCGUCUACGGAAACGGUCCCGACCGAAAGAUCCAAGGUAUUGUGGGCGCUAACAACUUCGCGCUGCAAGUCGGCGGGAAACGACACCUCGCCGUAUUCCCCGAGACGUCGCGUAUGAACCACGCAUGCACGCCCAAUGCACAGUUCUACUUGAACGACUCGCUCUUGACGCACUGGGUGCAUGCGACGCGCUCGAUCGAGAAGGGCGAAGAGAUCACCAUCGCAUACUACGAUCCGCUGGAACCAUAUGUCAAACGGCAAAAAUAUCUCCGCGACUCAUUCCACUUUGUCUGCCAGUGCCCGCGCUGCCUUCGCGGCGAAGCUGGCGAUGACGCGUUGACAGAAAUCGACGCGCUACAAAAGAGUCUGGGGGACUGGGGGAUCGAUUCGUCAGCCAGCGUGAAACAGGCCGAGCGACUAAUACAGACAUUCCAGGACCAAGGGCUGGACGGGUACUUGGAUCCGGCAUACUGUCACGCAGCACUUACAUACAACGCUGCAGGAAGUGUGCGAGGGGCCAAGAAGUACGUUCAAUUGGCAAUCGAGGCGAUUAAACUCAGGCUGGGACCCUGGGCACCAGACUUGCCGGUGUGGAAAGAGAUGUUGGAUAACCCAACGGGACAUUGGAGCUGGAGAAGAAGGAAACGAGGAUGA